CUUCAUAUCACUACUUCUCCCUCACAAUUCUCAUCUCGUACCUCCCUCUCCAUCAACCUUGUCCAUCAUCGCAUCACACAAACCACCACCGAUCUGACCCUCCAAUCACCACAACUAUUAUACCACUCCUUGCUCUCGAUCCAAGUAGACGAACACCUGGAAACUACAACCAACGACGACACUCAAGUCGCCAACACGCACGCCGAAAACCACGUUAAAGUUGCCGAUCCUUUCCCCCGUAGGACGUCGCCGCUCCUCACGACCCUAGUUCAUCGUCUCACAUCCACUAGUCUUGAUGGCGACGGCGAGGACGGAAAUCUCCGGGUGAUAGAACGACGAUUAAAUCAAGGAAACAACGACUCUAGCGACUCAAAUCUAGAUCUAGGCACGCAUACGAGGGUCAAGAGGAAUCAACCAAGUCAAGGGCCCCAACCUUCACGUUAUAACUUCUUGAAUUAAUAAGGUGCGUGGUUUGAGGGGCUAGUUAGUAUUUCGCUUUAAUUUAUCUAAUUAUGUUAUUUAAUUAAGUUAUGCUCUAUAUGUAUGUCCACGGUAAGUGUAUUUAUGUUAGUAAGCAUGUCAUUGCAUUCCAUCAUGAAGUUAUGUUUUGAGCAAGAUUAUGGACUUACGUUCCAUGUUACCAAGUUAUCAAGUAAGAACAUGUUUUUAACUACUCACUUGACUAGUGCACGCGGCUACCCUACUUCCCGUCAGGUGGAAGUCAAGUUCAGGAUUAUGUUACUUCCCGCCAGGUGGAAGUUAACAUUCAUGUUGUAAUUGUGUUACUUCCCGUCAGGUGGAAGUUACACCCAUGUUAUAUCUUCCCAUCAGGUGGAAGUUUACGUUUGGUGGCCGUUAGUGUGCUAGUUGAGUAGAGUUCGGGGCCCCCUUUCACAACGAGUAAUAAGAAUGCUAAAUUUAAGCAUGAAGC